AAGCCCACGGUUAUGCGUGAGGCUCCAAUGGAGCUGAGAUAAGAGCGUCCAAGCUCGUCUCCCUCUCCAAGGCGCUCCUGCAGUUCCGAGCGCUCCUCACGCACCGACUACUGGGGGGGCAAAAGCGCACCAUGUCCCUGAGCCCCAAACACUCGACCCCUUUCUCGGUCACAGACAUUCUCAGUCCCAUCGAGGAGACCUUCAGGAAGUUUGCCGGCAUGGAGAGCGCGUACCGGCCGGCGCAGCACGCGUGUCAGGCGGCCAUGCAGCAACAGCACGGUCCCGCGGCCUCCUCCUACCACAUGGCACCAGCAGUGGCCCAGUUCCCGCACGCCGCGGUGGGGGGAUACUGCAACGGCACCAUCGGCAAUGUGGGUGAGCUACCCUCCUAUCAGGAGAGCAUGCGGAAUGGAGCGGCAGCCACGGCGUGGUACGGAGCAAACCCAGAGCCACGGUACCCUACCAUCUCCAGGUUCAUGGGUUCCUCGGCGGGCAUGGCAGUGGGCGCGCUGGCUGGGAUGGACACCAAGACCGUGGUCAGUCUGCACGGGACGCCACGGCGAAAACGCCGCGUGCUUUUCUCCCAGGCGCAGGUGUACGAGCUUGAGCGCAGGUUCAAGCAGCAGCGGUAUUUGUCGGCACCUGAGCGCGAGCACUUAGCCAGCAUGAUUCACCUGACGCCCAAUCAGGUGAAGAUCUGGUUCCAGAACCACAGGUACAAGAUGAAGCGGCAGGCGAAGGAUAAAGUGGCCCAGCAGCACCAGGACGGGGGAACACAUUGCGCCCAACAGCAGCAGCAGCACUCCCCCAGAAGGGUGGCAGUGCCAGUGCUGGUUAAGGAUGGAAAACCGUGCCAGAACGGAGGCAAUGCGUCCACAGUUGUCCAUCAGGGACAGAACGUGGCCGGUGGAGUGAUGGGGGCGGUAGGAGGGCAGCCUCCAACCGUGGACACACUGGGGUCUGCGGAUGAUCUGGAGGAAAUAGCAACUCCGAGCCCGCCUGCGCUCCACAUGACCGGCCUGCCGCAGACGGACGCGCUGGCGGAGUACACGGCCAACAUGGUCAGCUCAAACCUGCUGUACGGCAGGACGUGGUAGACUGAGGAUUCCUUCAGAAACGAUAACGUUUAUUGUCCCUUGUUUAUUGUCGAUGGACAGAAAACUGCCCGACCUGGGGAAAAUGAAAAAGUCUAAGAACAAACGACUGAUACGCGAAAGACGCGCUGCCUUGUAAAUGUGUGGAUUUUUAUUGGUUUGAUUUCGGAAUUGCAGUCUCGGACUGAUUUCUAUUAUUUUGUUUAUUUCAUGAUAGAAGAGACGUGCCGGACAGAACAUCAAAUCUCAUUUUCACUUUGUAAAAUAUGAUUUUUAGAAUAAAAAUGGAAGGGCAAUGUAGGCUGCAUAUCUAAUACUGGAUACCGAUUUUACUCUGUUCUGUCUUUUUUUUUAAGUUAAGAAAAAGCUACACAGCAUGACGAUUCAGUUCUAACACCACGUGGACAUUCGAAAGUUUUUUUUUCUUACAACACUAUGAAAAUGAUAAUUAUAAAUUUUCAAUUCGCGUAAACGAAAGAGAAUCACAGCGGGGCAUUGAACAGUUAUGUAAAAAAGGCUGAGCUUUUCUAUCUUUUUUUUAUUGCCAAGUUUUUAUUUGAGGACCCAUUUGCUCGAGAAAUAAAAAGUAAACCAGCUCAAAAUUUACCUUUUUGUUAAUCAAAAGUUUGAAUAAAGCAUUCUGUACUAACUCGGAAACAAAACAUUUUCUUCCGUCUGCUUUACACAGUGAUAACAUUUACUGUAGUCGAACAGGCUGGCAAAUCACUAAACCGGUCUAAUGUUUAUUGCAAAUUAUUCUUGUCCUUUUGGCAAGAUUUAGGUGCUUUUAGUAUUUAGUAAAUAAACCUUAACACUUUUGCACCUGUAAUACAUUUACACUGUUGCCUUCACACAUUUUUUAUAUUUAGCAUUUUCAGACAAGUGGAGUUUUAAACCAAAUGUUCAGAUUACAUGAUUAACAUCACAAACUGCCAAGGAGCCUUACAUACAAGCUGCAUUAAUCCAGUAGCUCCAAAAAUAAAAUGUUCAAAAAAGCAAACGUUUCUGAGCUAUAGACUAAGCUAUAACUAAAAGCUGUACAUUUGGUGCAACACAUACUGUAAAAAUAUUACCUAGAGCCACUGAAUGGACCAAACAUUAAGGCUUCUAAAAAUAAAAUAGGGCCACUCAAAAUAAUUCACAGACAAAACUUGGAAAUGAAAAAUGUCUGGCCAGCGGAAUUCAAAUUGAAGACCACCGUUGACUAAAACCAAUUAAUUCAUUGUCAUUCAAAGACUAGGCUUUCAAAGCAGAGAUCUACAUGUAUAAUUGUUCAUUAGGAUACAUUUAUGAAUAUUCAGCCAAUGAGACAAAACACAGGGCCAAAAGCUCAACCUGUCAAGAGGAUUUAUGUCAAACAUCCAGUCAAAUAAUACAUUAUUUUGACUGCUAAAAUGAGAGGCUCCAGGGGAGUUGCACAAGUAUUUUAGGACAUAGGGGGAGCAGGACAUUUAAAGAAAGAAAAAUGAUAAAAACAAAACGUAAAAUUGUGUUUACAGACGCAUAUUUUUUAAAAAUACGUACAUAUGAACAUGUUCCUUUGUACUAUCUUACAAACCAACAGCCCAUAAAUGUUAAAGUAUUUCAUUAAUAAAAAAAAAGAAAAAAGAAAAAA